GCAGAUGUUGGGGCAGCUACUGAAACAAACAUGGCCGCCGCCGGAGGGAAGUCGGUUUUGUUCGUCUGUCUGGGGAACAUCUGUAGGUCUCCGAUCGCCGAGGCCGUCUUCAGGAAGAUGGCCACAGAAAGUGGAGUGGUGGACAAGUGGAGGAUAGACAGCGCGGCCACCUCCACCUAUGAGAUCGGGAACCCUCCUGACUAUCGAGGUGCAGCCUGCAUGAAGAAGCAUGGCGUGCCCAUGCGCCACGUGGCGCGUCAGGUGACGAAGGAGGAUUUUGCGACGUUUGAAUACAUUCUGUGCAUGGACGAGAGCAAUCUGAGAGAUCUGAACAAGAAAGCGAACAGCGUAAAGAACUGCAAAGCCAAAAUCGAGCUGCUCGGCUCAUACGAUCCUAAAGAACAGCUGGUUAUUCAAGACCCCUACUAUGGAAGCGAGCGGGACUUUGAGGUGGUGUACGAGCAGUGUGUACGGUGCUGCGAAGUCUUCCUGCAGAGAAACUCCUAACACACACACACACACACACAGGCACCCAUAUAGCCAUUUUAUCCUGUCAUAUGUGUGAUGAGUGUUAUAGUAUGAAUAACUGAUUGCACUAAUGGGUUUUGCCUACACACAUACACACACACGUACAUAUAUAUAUCUGCUGUGUGAGAUGGAUGUCUUAAUUGGAAGAUAAAGUUUAUUUGAACGUG